ACUUGGCGUACCGAGCUCCGACAAUCAGCUCGACUGGCCAGCAUCAACAUUACAAACACCAUCACCGCCGCACCACCGCCAACGCCUGCAGCCGUGUCUGCACCCUCCGAACACCCCCAUACCACCAACACCACCUCUAGCAGCAGAGCCGCCCACGUGAUCGCGUGUCAUGGGUAACCAGCAGUCCAGCGCUGGCGGAGGCCCGCCCGGCGAUGACAAGAGCAAGAAGGACAAGAAGGAGAAGCCAAAGUACGAGCCGCCGCCACAGCCCACGACGCGCAUCGGCAGGAAGAAGAAGAGGGCCGCCGGGCCCAGCGCCGCCGCGAAGCUCCCAGCCAUCUACCCCACAGCGCGCUGCAAACUACGAUACCUGCGCAUGCAGCGCAUCCACGACCACCUGCUGCUGGAAGAGGAAUACGUCGAGAACCAGGAGCGGAUCCGCAAGGCGAAGGUGGCCAAGGAAGGCGCUGCGCCCGUCAACGUCAACGCCGACCCUGAGGCAGCCGACCGAAAUGCCGAUGAGCGGUCGCGGGUCGACGACAUGCGUGGCAGCCCCAUGGGCGUCGGCAACCUUGAGGAGCUGAUCGACGACGACCACGCCAUCGUGUCGAGCGCGACCGGGCCCGAGUACUACGUCUCUAUCAUGUCUUUCGUCGACAAAGAUCUGCUCGAGCCCGGCGCGAGCAUUCUUCUGCAUCACAAGUCGGUGUCGGUGGUCGGUGUGCUCACAGACGACGCGGACCCGCUUGUCUCGACCAUGAAGAUCGACAAGGCUCCGACAGAGUCGUACGCGGACAUUGGUGGUCUGGAGCAGCAAAUCCAGGAAGUACGGGAGGCUGUGGAGCUUCCUCUGUUACAUCCUGAGCUAUACGAGGAGAUGGGUAUCAAGCCCCCGAAGGGUGUCAUUCUCUACGGUGCUCCCGGUACCGGAAAGACGCUGUUGGCAAAGGCCGUCGCGAACCAGACUAGCGCUACUUUCCUGCGCAUUGUGGGUAGUGAGCUGAUCCAGAAGUACCUCGGUGACGGCCCCAGGCUUGUGCGACAGCUGUUCCAGACUGCCGCCGAGAACGCACCCUCCAUCGUCUUCAUUGACGAGAUCGAUGCCAUCGGUACGAAGCGUUACGAGUCCACAUCAGGUGGUGAACGCGAAAUCCAGCGAACUAUGCUGGAGCUACUUAACCAGCUGGACGGUUUCGAUGACCGCGGUGACAUCAAGGUCAUCAUGGCGACCAACAAGAUCGACACUCUCGACCCUGCGCUGAUUCGCCCUGGUCGUAUUGACCGCAAGAUUCUCUUCGAGAACCCUGACCAACACACAAAGAAGAAGAUCUUCACCCUGCACACCUCAAAGAUGUCUCUGAACGAGGAUGUCGACCUCGACGAAUUCAUCAACCAGAAGGACGAUCUGUCCGGUGCUGACAUUAAGGCCAUCUGCUCGGAAGCUGGUCUGCUGGCUCUUCGCGAGCGCAGGAUGCGGGUACAAAUGGAUGACUUCCGUCAAGCUAGGGAGCGCGUGCUGAAGACGAAGAGCGAGGGCGAGCCAGAAGGGCUGUACUUGUAGGCCUAAGAGGCUGCAAUGGACGACACGACUUAAGAUCAAGACUUCAUUGACGUGUAUCAGUAGGCAUGGACAGGCGCAUUGCGCAGUAGACAAAGUCAAGAAGACCUUUCCAUCCAUACUACAUGUGAAUCUGUGCAAGGGCACCAACACACAGCCUCGGAGCCUUCCCACCUUUAC